GCCAGAACUGUGUGCAGUAGUUUCCUGUGGGAGUUUAGGCUGGGAGGGCCGGAGUCAGGGGUCCUGUGCUCUGCACCAUGCCGAGUCUGCCAUGGAACCGGGCUCUCUUCUGGGUGCCACUGAUGCUUCUCUUCGUCUCCCAGCUCCUCGUAACCUAUUCCUGGCGUUUCCAAGACAAAGAGGAGUGGAAUGACCAAAAACUAAUUGCUGUUUAUCUCCCUUUCACCUUGGAAUUUGCCGUGUACACAUUCAACCAGCAGAGCAAGGACUGGUAUGCCUACAAGCUGGUGCGUGUCCUGGAUUCCUGGAAGGAGCAGGGUUAUGAUAAGAUGACCUUCUCCAUGAAUCUGCAACUGGGCCGAACCACAUGUGGGAAAUUUGAAGACGACAUUGACAACUGUCCUUUUCAACAAGGCCCAGAGCUGAACAAUACCCACACCUGCUUCUUCACCAUCAGCAUAGAACCCUGGAGGACACAUUUUGAACUCUGGAACAAGACAUGCUCAGCCGGGCGUUCCUGAGUGGGACCCAGCCACGUGCCUGGCCACAUGCUGUCGGCUCAUUUCCAGCACACCCACAGGUCCUCAACACGGCCCUGCAGUGCCUGAGCAGUUCUGUGCUCGCGUGUUCUUAUUUUCCAUGUGUUAGAUGCUCAUGCUCAGGUAUUUUAGAAAUUCUCCAUUGUCUAAGUUGAUCAUGUAGUAUACAUCUUAACAAUCAGCAUUUUAAGAA